AAAUGAACCGUUAAGAAAUAUUUAUCAAAAAGUUAUUUAAAGGGACUGAAGGAACGCUACCAUGUAUAUUAGGCCCAUAAAGUAAAUCUGACGCUUUCAUCUGACUGAAUGGUGAGCGGGUAUUGUUGGCAUCGAUUCGGUUCUGUGUUCGGAGGAGGCCCAGUUCGACAAGCUCAACGCCAGUUAGAACAAAAAAAAACACAAUGAAGGAAGUGGAAUGUGCUCAUCAGAACAGAUCUGAAAGUCUGCCUUUAGAGGACCAAGUGCAGAAGAAAUACCACGGCGUCCAUCAGCAGCAGGAUGUUGGUAGAAAUCAAACGGCUGAAAAUCAGCAUCUUUGGGGGAAGAAAAACGAGAUUUCUUGGAAAGUCAGCCUGGGACAACAUGAUGCAAUCCCUUUCUACAUAAAGGAGGAAGAGGAGGAACUUUGGAUCAGUCAGGAAGGAGACGAGCUGCUUGGAGGAGAUGAAGCUGAAUACGCAAAAUUCCCAAUCAAUGUAAUAGUGAAGAAUGAAGAUGACGAAGAGGAACCCGAGUCUUCACAGCUUUAUCAGAGCCAAACCAACACCAGAGAGACAGAACCUUCAACCGGCAGCUCAUUUAAAUGGAUUAAAACAGAAACUGAUGGAGAGGACUGGGGCCGACUGGAACUUAUCUCAAAGACCGAUCCAAAUAAUUUCAAAAUAAAUAAACACAGAAGGGCUGCAGACUCCCUAGAGAAUGAAGCCAGCGAAAAUGAGGAUAAUCACUGUUAUAAUAACUGGCAUCGACCUAUAGCAGGGACUGAAAAUCGAUGGAAGGGAAGCCAGUUAGCUGAGGCAGGCAUGAACAGCGAUGCAGGCUGUAAUGCUUCCAAAAAGGCCUUCAGCUGCUCUGAGUGCGGUAAACAGUUUCUGGACGAGCAGUCUCUAAGGAGACACAUGAGACGCAACACAGAAAAAAAUUCUUCAGACUGUUCAGUUAUUCAGAAAUGCUCCGCAGUGAAGAAAAAUGCAGAUUCACAGGCCAAAGUCCACACAGGCAAGAAAAACUUCAGCUGCGAGAUAUGUGGCAAAACUUUCCGAGAUCAUUUCAGCCUUACAUCUCACAUCAGAGUGCACACAGGAGAGCAGCCGUUUGGUUGUGACGUAUGCGGUAAAAGAUUUAAGCACCAGCAUGACGUGAAGAAACACAUGAGAGUCCACACAGGAGAGAUGCCUUUUUGCUGCGAAGUCUGUGGAAAAAGGUUCAAGCACCAGCAUAACCUGAAGACACAUAUGAGAAUCCACACAGGGGAGAAGCCCUAUGUUUGUGAUAUUUGUGGGAAAAGAUCAAGGUUUCAGCACAACCUAAAGACGCACAUGAUAAUUCACACAGGAGAGCGUCUGUUUGACUGUGAUCUUUGCGGGAAAAAGUUCACUUGUAAGAAAAGCCUUAAGGCGCAUGAGUCGGUCCACACCGGAGAAAAACCGCACAGCUGCGAGAUCUGUGGUAAAAGUUACAAACGGAAAACACACCUCAGGACUCACAUGACAUCCCACACUGAGGAAAGGCCUUUUGGCUGUGAAGUUUGUGGCAAAAGAUUUAACCGUAAGACAUACCUUGAAACGCACAUGGCAGUCCACACAGGCGAGAAACCUUAUAGCUGCGAUUUCUGUGGUAAAAGAUUUACCAGAAAAACGCAUUUGGAUUCACACAUUAUAGUUCAUACAGGAGAAAAACCGUUUGGCUGUGCCGUCUGUGGGCAGGAAUUCACCCAACAGGGAAGUUUAGACCGGCAUAUGACAUUACACCUAGGCAGGUUCAGAAAAAAAGACAGCAUGAAGGAAGUGGAUUAUGUUAAUAAGAGCAGCAUUGAAAGUCUGGCGUUAGAGAACAAAGUGCGGAUGAAACAGCUGGGAGAUCACCAGCCGCAGGAUGUUUGCAGAAACGAAUCCGCAGAUGUCAACCAUCAUCCACUGAAUAAAGAAGAGGUUCCUUGGAGCCCCAGUUUGGACGAGCAGAACCCAGACGGGCCCUUCAUAAAGGAAGAACUUGAGGAAAGUUGGAUAAGUCAGGAAGAAGAGCAGCUAGAGACUGAGUACAUCAACUUCCCGCUUAAUAUUGUUGUGAAGAGUGAAGAUGAUAAUGAAGAGGAAUCAGAAUACUCACAGCUUCAUGAAAGUCAAACUUUAGACCCCAGAGAGGCAGAGCGUCCGACCACCAGCUCCGUCAAAUGGAUCAAAACCGAAACUGACGGAGAUUGUGGACAACUGGAACUUGUCUGGAAGCCUGGUCCAAAUAAUUUCAAAUUAGGUUCAGAAAGAAAGGCUGCAGAAUCCUCUGAGACUGAUGUCAGCGAAGAUGAUGGUUAUGACUACUGGCAGCAACCUUUGACAGAGAAAGAAAGUGGUUGGAAGGGAGCCUGCGGAACUAAUAUCAAAGGUUCUGAAACAAUGCCUAAUCCAAAUUCACAGACCAAAGUCCACACAGGAAAGAAAAACUUCAGCUGUGAUGAAUGUGGCAAAACAUUCAGAGAUCAGUUUAGUCUUAAAUCUCACAUCAGAGUCCACACAGGAGAGCAGCCGUUUGUUUGUGAUGUUUGUGGAAAAAGAUUUAAGCACCAGCACGACGUGAAGAAACAUAUGAGAGUCCACUCUGAGGAGCAGCCAUUUGUUUGUGAAGUUUGUGGUAAAGGAUUCAAGCAUCAGCACAAUCUGAAGACGCACAUGAGAAUCCACACAGGGGAGAAGCCCUAUGUUUGUACUAUCUGCGGUAAAACGGCAAGGCAUCAGAAUAACUUGCGAACGCAUAUGAUAGUUCACGGAGGAGAACAGCCGUUUAGUUGUGAUAUUUGUGGUAAAAAGUUCAACCGGCAGACAAAUCUUAAGGCACACAAAGUGGUCCACACCGGAGAGAAACCACAUAGCUGUGAGAUCUGUGGUAAAAGUUACAAACGUAGAACACACCUUAGGGGUCACAUGACCACACACAGUGAGGAAAGGCCUUUUGGCUGUGAAGUUUGCGGCAAAAGAUUUAACCGUAAAACAUAUCUUGAUACACACAUGGUGGUCCAUACAGGCGAGAAGCCUUAUAGCUGUGACUUCUGUGGGAAAAGUUUCUCCAGAAAAACUCAUCUAGAUUCACACAUCAACGUACAUAUGGGGGGGCAACCUUUUGGUUGCCCUGUCUGUGGUGAAGAAUUCCUCCAACAGAAAAGUUUGGACCAACACAUGCCUUUACACUUCAUAUGAUAGCGUUCCUGCUCAAGCAGUGUCUAUGUUAAUAUAACAUACACUUUAUUUCUGGUUUUCUCCCAGGUACAUUGAUUUAACUCUGGUGUCAGUUGUUCUGACCACAAAGUAAAGAAGGGCCAAACAUGCGUCAUAAAACCAAUAAACAAAUGAUUUAUGGGGAAUUAACUGAGUGGCUCUCUGUAGGCCUCUUUAAAAGUAACUGGCUAGAUGUCCACCUUCUUUUCAAAGGCUUGACAAAGCUUAUUUAAGAAACAGAAAACAAGAAUGCAAAUAAAUUUCCCACAAGAUUUCAAUAAUUUACUUGGAUGUGUGCUCUUCUAAGUGACCUGGUGCCAUAGGGGGUUGUAAGGGCCGACAUUUGAUGGCUAAACAACAAAACUGAGCUAAGCUAGGCUUAGGGCAGGGGUGGGCAAUCCUGGUCCUCGAGGGCCGGUGUCCUGCAACUCUUAGAUGUCUCCCUGGUCCAACACAUUGAA